AUGGAGCGAGGGCCAGAGGGUGCAAACGCUGGGAAGAUUUGGAGUAACAUUGGGUUCAGACGCACAAUCCACGUCAAUUCUGUUCCUUUGGUCGACAAUCACAACGGCCAUGCCACUGAGUCUCACCCUGACAACAACGCUGUUCCUCCUCCUCCAAUCAAUAAGCGUUAUGCAAGAGCGAGCGAGAACUUGAUCAAGGUACUGACUGAAAUGUGCAACAAGGACCUUGCGGAGGCGGAAAGGAACCUUGCGCACUACAACCAGCUGCACGUUUCAGCUGAAGCAAAGCGAAAAGCGACACUGAAAAAAUACCGCCAAGCUAAAAAGGCUCGAACGAAAAGGCGGGAAACCCUCUGCAACCUUGAAGACAAUGAAGAGGGUUUAAAAAGGUCAUUUCGUGAAAUGAAAGACCUCUUUGGCGAUGAUCGAAGGCCGGAUUUUCUUUAUGAAGAGGAGAUAACUGGCCUUUCUGGGCUGCAAGAUAUGAAGACUGUUGCGCAAUUCGCUCUCCAAGAGGCAAACCAAGCUGUGGAGAACAUCAAAGAAGACUAUUCUGCUCUGCACAAGCAACAAGAUAUCCUACAUCACAAGUUGGCAGAAUGCAAAAAGGAAAAAUGUCGACAGGAUUCGGUAUUAGAAGCGUGCAAGUCAAUCAUCAGCCUACUCGAGACCGGCGUGGAAAAGAUCGCGGAAUGGUGUUGCAAAUUGCGUCUGUUGUGGGGAAGCAAGUUCUACACAAGCCAAUAAGGGCCAUACCAUAAACUUCAGGCGGCUUAC